UAAAUUUAUGAUUAUAAGUAAACAAUGUCAUAUUUCGCGCUGAGUAUUUAAUCAAGUAACAAAUUCUGAUUUUCUAUCAAAGGGAAUAGAAGAAUCAAAAAGGAAGUAACGGUACAGAAAAGAAAACGAAAAAAGUAAAAUAAUAUAUUAUCAUUUAAGAUGAAAUUUGAAAAAUCACAUUUUUACCUUGCAUUCGUGCUAUUCGCAGCGUUUGCAUCUUAUUUACAAUUAGCAGAAUCUGCCCCUAGUGAAUUAUUAACUACUACAUCUACUACUGAAACAUCCACUACUGAAACAUCAACUAGGCAAUUACAUCGGUUUUGUGGAUUAGAGCUUAUUAGUGUACUUGAAUUCGUUUGUUUGACUCAAUUACCAAAUAGAAAUGAAGUUCACAAUAAUGAUUUGGAUAAUGACAAGGGUAAGAAAGAGACGGUUUUAAGAAGAUUUACUCGUAACCCUGUCCACAGAUGUUGUAGUGUUGGAUGCUCAUAUACUGAAUUAAUUGAAUAUUGUAAUAAUUGAUAAUAAUUAAAUUAAUAAUUAAUAAUAAUUACAUUAA